CUCUGAUUUUCUUAGAGAGAGGGAAUACACAUCUUCUUAGAGAGAGAAAGACGAAACAGGAGCAAAACGAAGAGAGAGAAGAAGAAAUCUUUUGAGAAGAACGACGCCAUUGUUGUCCGGCGGAGCUCUCUCACGCCAUAGAUUGAAGCAGGUUCGUCCUCCAAACUCGCUAUUGAAAGAAUGAAAACAGGUGAAAGGGACAGCAAAACAAAUGGCAGAUGGUGAUGAGAACAUGCCAAGGGAUGCAAAGAUUGUAAAAACACUGUUGAAAUCAAUGGGAGUCGAUGAGUAUGAACCUCGUGUUGUGCACCAAUUCCUGGAACUGUGGUAUCGUUAUGUUGUUGAUGUAUUGACAGAUGCACAGGUCUAUUCCGAGCAUGCUGGGAAAGCUGCAAUUGACUGUGACGAUGUCAAGCUUGCUAUUCAGUCGAAAGUCAACUUCAGCUUCUCUCAACCCCCACCUCGAGAGGUCCUGCUGGAGUUGGCUCGGAACAGGAACAAAAUCCCAUUGCCAAAAUCAAUAGCAGGGCCAGGAAUUCCUCUACCGCCUGAGCAGGACACGUUGCUCAGCCCAAACUACCAGCUUGCAAUCCCAAGGAAGCCAACUGGGUCAACAGCUGUGGAAGAAACAGAGGAGGAUGAAGAGAGUGCUGAUCCUAAUUCCAACCCUUCCCAGGAACAAAAGACACAGUUGCCACAAAGUACUCCUCAACGAGUAUCGUUUCCGCUUGUUGGAGCCAAACGUCCAAGAUAAGAUUUUCAGUGAUAUUACGACUUUCCUGUAAAAUCUAACAUUAGUGUUUAAGAAAAUUCUAUGGUUUAUGAAUUCAGUGGAUUUGCACUAUUGCUUGUUAUAGUGAAUUCAAAGAAAGUUUCUGUUUGUUAGUGUUCCAAGUGUUUUUGUAUCAAGGAAGCAUUGGUUUAGAGUGGAAUACAAAGUUGUUACAAUUGACUGGUGCAAAAGGCAAUGACUGUUGAUAUAAAUAUGAUGUGUUUUUAAGAAGA